AUGGCAUCAUCCCCACAGUCUUCUUCUCCUACGACAUCAUCCUCAAAGUCGUCUUCUCCCACAGCAUCAUUACAGUCUUCUACAUCAUUCCCACAAUCUUCUCUCACAUCUUUUUCUCCAAUGCCAAGCUCAAAUCGUGUACGUCCCCAUACCACCUUAAGAUCCGAAGUCGAAGAUCUCAACGCAAGAGUCAAAGAAUUGGAGGCUGAGUUGAAAAUGUACCCUUUGCCUCAUUCGAAACCAGUCGAAAAAGAAUCAGAGAUCAGUGCCGAAAAUCAACUUGAGUCACAGUUGUUAAAAGAUGCAGAGGAAGAUGCUGAAAAAAAGGCUAAUAAGAUAAAAU